GAUGCCGCUUCCGUGUUAGUCUAAAACUAACGGAGGAGAGAGAUGGCUGAAUUAUCUGUGUAUCUCUCUAACAUUAACGUUUCUUUAGACCAUAACAUGGAGGUAGAAAAGAACUCUAAUGUCGGAAAGGACUGUGAGACCGUGGAAGUCGGAGAGCUGGGCCGGCAGAAGGUUCCGCGUCGGGUCAUCCACUUCGCCAGCGGGGAGACCAUGGAGGAGUACAGCACGGAUGAGGAGGAGGAGGAGGAACCGGAGAAGAAGGACCUGUUAUCGCCAGUCGAUCCGUCGAAGCUAACCUGGGGGCCAUAUUUCUGGUUCCACAUGUGGAGAGCGGCCACAUCCACUGUCUCAGCAUGUGACUAUCUCGGAGAGAAGGUGGCCACAGCCUUGGGCGUUACCUCGGCCAAAUACCAGUACGCCAUCGAUGAGUACUACAGAACAAAGCAGGAGGAGGCCGAAGAGGAGGAGGACAACCACCUGUCAGAGGAGGCAGAGAGGCGCUUUCAGGAGCAGCAGAGCCAGGAAGGCCAGGGGCCUCUGACAGAGCAGCCGGAUGGCUCUGCCUCCGUCGUCAAUGUUACCUGCGAGCUGGUGAAGGAGCCUCAAGCAAUCUCAGACGUCAGCAUUCCAGCAUUCCCCGUCCACUCCUAACACACUCUUACAGUGUCAUCGGAGUCUGACCCCCCCAUCCUGUUCCCAUGCACUAUGACAGAGAAAUCAGAGACUCCGCCCCCAUCCAUUUCUAACACACUUUUACGAGGACAUCAGGGACUCCACCCUCUCCCUUUCUUAAUUCACACUUGCAGGGAUAUCAGAGACUCCACCAACAACCCUUUCUAACCCUCUCUUACAGUGUCAUCAGACUCUUUCCCCAUCCUGUUCUCUUCCAAUCUUCCAGACACUCUGUCUGUUCCUAACCCACUUUAAAGAUGACAUCAGAUACUCCACCCGUUCCCCUCCCUAACCCACUCUUACUGAGUCCUGCCAUCACCUCCCACUGUUUCUAAAAAUAAUUUAAUAACUUAUUUA